AUGGAUCACAAGAAGAAGAAGCGCAACCAAUCACUCAAAGUAGUCUACAUCUCUAGCCCCAUGAAAGUCACGACCAGCGCCGCCAGGUUCCGGGCGCUGGUGCAGCAGCUCACCGGGAAAAACUCCGACAUCGCCCCCUACAUGGAUUCCGACGGCGGCGCCCUCGUCGACUACCGCGACCACGACGGCACGCUGCUCCCGGACCGGCCUCCGCCCUCUCUCUCUAAUUCCGACACGUCGGAUUCUCUGCAGGGGGCUGUCGAUGAUGUCUUCGCUUCCCAAUUCUCCGGGAUUUUCUCGCCGGAGAUGGCCGACGUGUUAGGGACCUAUCAUGACUUGAUCAUCUGA